UCCUCCAAUCUCAUGUUUUCAAAGGUCACCUGAAAGCAGAUGACUCACAAAUUCCUCUAGCUUCCAGAACUGCUUCAGAAAGUGGCAAGACUGAUGGGAUAAGUGUGUUUGAAGCGAGGGGGUAUUUUGAGGGGCAUGAAUGGCGAUGUGUCUUUUACUGUGAUAAUUUCUUUUAGUCUAAGCAUUCACUGUAGUUUUUGAUGACGCGCAUGUGUCUCUACUAGUUUCUGAACUGGGAUAGGAAGAGGCAAGUGGCCUUUACCGGCAUCGAAAACCCCGUGUUCCACCGGCGAAGGGCGUGCAUGUUCCCUUGCAAGGACCCGCCCCCACGUCCCCCUGACUGGCUCUGGGUCACGGGCGUGGGGCAGGGCUCCGGGAAAGGGUACAGACGCGCUGGCUGGCUGGCUGCUCGUCAGCCGAGGUCAGGGCUUCUUGCAGAGCCGCCUCGGGCCCUCGGGCGGGAGGCCCCUCAGCGUCGGCAGUUUCCUCCAGGCAGAGGCUCGCAAGCCUCCCCCGAGCCCCAGGGCCUUGCAUCUCCAAGUCAUCCUGGGGACCCCCGAGGUGCAGCUGACGCCCCGGCUGGCCUCGCCCUCCCUGGGCCGCGGAGCCUCCUGGCGCCUGCGGUCGUUGGCCUUCGUGCGUCGGCCUCACCAGCCCCGCCCGGGGAAGCCUGGCGCAGCCUCGGGGGAGCCCACUACCCGCUCCGCACAGUCCCGCUCCUCCGGACACCCUCCCACCUCGUCGCGGCUCACCCCGCGGCCACCAGCCUCCCCGCACUCACUCGCUCACCUCCAGCCGCGGACUCGGCUGUUCCUCACGGGCACGAGCUCCUCCCCGCCUCCCGCUCGGGUCCGGCCCUCGCUGCUCCUCAGCCUGAGCCUCGCUCCCCUCACCCCCUGCCCGCCCGCCGCACCCCCUCCUCCGAGGGCCACCCCUCCUCAGCACGACCUUCCUCAGCCCUGGUCGCCCCACACCUGCUACCCGCGGACACGGGCUCCGGGCGUGACUGGCGGCCCGCCCCCGCCGCGCCCCCGCCCCGCCCCGCCCCCCGUCCAGGACCCGUUCCGGUCCCGCCCACUCAGUUCCUGUCCCCGCCUCGAUGGGUCGUCUCGCGCUCCUCCACUGCGGUGGCCGAGGGCGCACUAGGCCCACCCUCGCGGCGUUCUGAUUGGCUGCUGAGGCAUCUGGCCAUCGCUCAGCACGGGUCGGCCGAGCGGCGCGCCUCUGCAGUGCUCUCCGGUGGGCUUUAA